UUCGAAUCGCACGGUCGUCAAGGACUUCCCCCGCCGGAAAGUGUGGAAAAUCUUGGUGCGCGCGUGAGUGUGUGCCUUUCGAAAGGGAAAAGCGAAAUUCUCCGUCCAAACAACUACGAAAAAAAAAGUAAAAAACACACACACACAAGUUCCGAAGUUCCGAAGGCCCACAAGCCGCAAACCGAAUCAUUAAUAAAGAAAAGCCCUGCCGUCGACAAUAUUGUUCCGCGGUCCCUGCAUGUUGACACGGCUUAAAUGGGGCAUUAAGUGUUCGGUGUUCGGUGUUCUGUGCUCGAUGCAUGGUGUCCGGUGCUCGAUGCUCAGUGCUCAUACAUGCAAUUGCCGCUAAUCACAAGUGCAAAAAUCCCACACGAUUAUACCUCGGUGCGACCAACUGGCCGUCGGAAAUAAAAAAGGAUUAAGCCACGGAUCCACAUCAGUCGAAAGUCCCGAGUCGACAGGCGUAAAGCUGAUUGCCCGGUGAUAUAAGAACCGAACUUUAACGAGGGAGAAAUUGGAGGAGAGUUGGGUAGAUGGAGAAAGGAGAAAGGAAUAUGCACUGACCAGCAGCAGAAAAGUGGACAAAGUGACAGGCGAUAGCCGCAAAACAACACAGGAAAAGUGGAAGGCAGGACCAGUUGACAGGAGCUCAGCCAAUAAAAGCCAACCAAACUCGGUCCGGGCCAAAUUUGGACACACUGAUGCAAAAAGGCAGCGGAGGAGGCCAACAGCAACCGCAGCAAAACAAAACUGGAAAAGUUGGUCUAAGGGACUGCGAAAGGGGGCAAAAGAGGAGCAGCCAGCGGAAGCCGAGGCUGAAAAGUUCCCAAAUUUGGUAGACAGACCUCUUUCAGGCCAUCCUAUCCCAACCCAGUUCCCACUUCCUACCGGAACAGUUAGCAGCAGUUGGAAUUUGAUUUUAACGCUGGGAUCUGUUCUGAGUCCUCUGUUUGUGGCACCAGCAACUGACAACCAUCACCCAAAGCAGGGGCAACUGGCAGCCGAAUUAAAAUCCGCACCAGGGAAACUUCACCCGGAAAACUCCACACCCCUCUCCCUUCAAGGAUACGCAUCAAUGGAGACACAUUGAGAUUGGCUGUCAAAGGGAGGAUCCGGAAAAGGGAAGUGGAGCUGUGGAAAUGCCCGCCACUUGCGGCGACACAUGCUCUGACAAUUCAUUGACUCCUCGCAGCACCCACUAAACAUAACCCACUCCACCAUGGGACUCCUCCCGCCGCCCAUCCCGAUCCUGCUCUUCUGCCUGGCGAUUUCCACUUCGGUCAGUGGCUAUCUGAACAUUUUCAUCAGCCACCACGAGGUGAUGAAACUGAUGGGACUCGAGGCGGACCUGUUCUAUGUCCACGAGGGAGCCAUCAACACAUACGCGAUGCACUUCACCGUCCCAGUGCCCGCCGAUGUCCAUGAGCUGGAGUUCUCCUGGCAGAGUCUCAUCGCCUACCCGCUGCCGUAUGCCAUCAGUAUCGAGUACAACACCGACCAGGAGGCACUGGGCACGCCCACGCUGAGUAUUCCGCACAAGGGUCUGGUGCCGCAGGAGAUCGAGUCCUUCCUGGUCUACCUGCCCUGCACCGGAAAUGCGAGCCUGCAGAUGCCCGUCAAUGUCAACAUGGUGGUGCGAGCUCCACCCCGUUUCAACGACACCCGGCUCCACUUCAAGCGCAACAAGAUCUGCGCCAAAGGCAUCUCACCCGAGCCCAAUCAAUCGCCAGCCCCCGCCCAUGCCCCCUCGCAAGGACCCGCCCUCCUGAGUGCCGCCGCCUGUGCCCUGGGUUUGGUUUUGGCCGUGGGUUUGGUGGCAAGCAUGAUGUAUGUGAGGGCUCGCAAACAGCUUCGCCAGGAUUCGCUACACACCAGUUUCACCACCGCAGCUUAUGGCAGCCACCAGAACGUGUUCAUCCGACUGGAUCCCCUGGGAAGACCCCCGAGUGCUACGGGAUCCUAUGCCACCAUAGCCAGCCUCAACAAAUACCCUGCGGAGAGCAAGAAGUCGUGCAGCAUAUUCGACCGUUUCAGGAGCUCACCCACCCCCACACCCUACGCCACUGCCCUGCUGCCCAUGAACCUCGAACAGGCCGCAGAGACGAUUUACUCGAAGCCCGAGUCGAUCUGUCCCUCGAGGAUUUCCUACUACGCCUCCUCGCAACUGACCCAGGCCUGCAGUUUGUCAACGCCGAAGAGCAUUCGAAGCAAUGGCAAUGGUCAUUGCACUAGCGGAAGUGGCAGCUUGAGUCUUUUUGGGGGAAUCCCCACCGGCAGCACCAUCACGAUGGCCAGUCACGGGGACAAGGGAAACCAGAGGCUGCGACGCAUCCCGAGUGUCCAGCCCGGUGCCCUCAGCUACGAGGAGCUGGUCAAGGAGGGCACCUUUGGCAGGAUCUUCGCCGGCAAGCUGGGAGAGUCCUGCGAGGCGCUGGUGAAGACCGUCAUCGACGGCGCCUCGCUCACCCAGGUGGCCUGCCUGCUGCAGGACGCCUCGCUCCUGAUCGGCGUCAGCCACCAGCACAUCCUGGCCCCGCUGCUGGCCAACACGGAGCUGCCGGGCCCGCCGGAGAUCGCCUAUCCCUAUCCGUCCAAGGGUAAUCUCAAAAUAUACUUGCAAAAGUCUCGGGAAUCGAGCACGGCACUAAGUACCCGGCAGCUGGUCGAGUUUGGACUGCACAUCACGAAGGGAUUGGCCUAUCUGCACUCCCUGGGAAUCGUCCACAAGGACAUUGCUACACGCAAUUGCUACCUUGACGAGGAGUCCUACGUAAAGAUCUGCGAUAGCGCCCUGUCGCGCGAUCUCUUCCCAGACGAUUACGACUGUUUGGGUGACAACGAGAAUCGCCCCCUGAAGUGGUUAUCGCUGGAAUCGCUCCAGAAAAGGGUUUACGCCACCCAGGGCGAUGUGUGGGCGUUGGGCGUGACCUACUGGGAGCUGGUCACACUGGCCCAGAUGCCGCACGAGGAGGUGGACAUUUUCGAGCUUACCAAUUACUUGGCUGCCGGCUUCCGGCUUGAGCAGCCGGUCAACUGCCCAGAUGAAUUCUUUACCGUUAUGAACUGCUGCUGGCACAGCGAGGCCAAACAGCGACCUACGCCCUCACAGUUGCUCUCGUAUCUGCAGGACUUCCAUGCGGAUCUGGGCAUGUACAUCUAGAAGGCGAGACGAAGGACUGACGAAGGACGAGCGGUAACCAAGUGAAGUCGAGCGGAGCGAAGCCCAACAUAUAAAUUAAUUGAAACUUUUGCAUUUUAAAUGUGAGAUUAAAUGUGAAUUUACCUGUUAGAGUUUGGCGCAAAACCAAUUAGAAUGAAAGCCAGCUAACUUCAGAUACGUAAGCAACACGCCGAUACACACACACAAGUACACUGGGGUGAACCUCUAUUAGUUGAAUGCAAUACUUAAAUAAUACAAAAAAAAUAGUUGAAGAUAAUGGAGACUGGGGGAAAAGGGCCUAGGAAAAAUCAUUUUAAAAAUGGGGUAUAGGCAAGGUCACACUGCGUAUGAGCAAUGCCUAAAUUUAAACAUCGAAUAUUGUAAGGUCACACUGCGUAUGUGUGAUACAGUUUAGCACCAAUGCACUGCCCUUUAAGCCUAAAGUCACUCCGAAAAGAUAGUGUCCACCAAGGUCACACUGCGUAUGAGUGAUACUCAAGACCAACUCACUGCCUCGAAAACCGAAGCACUUGAAAAGUCAAAUAGCAACUGAGGUUCACCCAGCAAUAGUUCAGCAGCUAUCAGUUUUCAACCCGCUGACACAAAAUGGCCCCCAGGCGGCACGUGGGUUAAACGUUAGAUAAAACUGACAUUUAAGUAGUUAGCAAUUGAAUAACAAACACUCACAAGCAGCGAAACACACACACACAAACAGACACAAACCUUACAUGAUAAAUGAAUGUGAAUUAUUGAUGUGCAUAUUUUAUUGAAUGUGUGUAGUGUGUAAGCAAAAAGGACGAAGGAUUCAACGGGAAGGAGAUGCGACAACAGGAUGCGGAAUCUUUUGUUCACGAUUGUUGUCCUCGAGAUUGUUACGAAAGCGAUAUAUUUAUUUACCUUGAUUAUUAUUAUUACUAUUGCGUAUGUCAUAAGGGAGGAAGUUCAAAACAGAAUCUGAAUCAGGUGAAAAGGAGAAAGAGCAAAUGUUAAACCGAUGGCAAACAACCGAUAAACAUUAUUCACACCCACUACCACAGAAACACACGCACACUUGCAGGCGUAGGGCUCCCCUUUAACCCCCUGAAAGCCGGACACCCUUUAGUCCUUAACCCUUAGCUUGCUCCUCGCUCGCAUAGCACUCUAAUUCAGUUUUGGAGUAUCUUGUCGCAAUCGUUUCGUUGCUCAAUUAUUUCGAUGUCAAAGGACAUGCCAUAAAAUAUGCAAUAUGCAGCUGGGAUUUCGCUCAGUGCAUUUGUAGGUGUGUGUACGGCGCAUUUGUCUCCGAGCCAAAAUCCCCAGCUUAAGACAUCCGUGCAGUUUGUUUAUGCCUUUUAGUUGAAUUAGCCAAGAGUUGUUUAUGUUUGUGUCUCUGUUUCCAUUUCCCCAGAGUUAUGUAUUAAUUUGCAUUUCCGUUAGCCAAGUCAGGCGGCAACUUAAAGUUGUCAAGCCCCCCGAAAACCCCCCAAACCCAAAAAAACACUUGGAAAAUAUGCUGGGAUGGGCGAAGGUGUGACAA